AUGCGCAGUCGGCCACGUUAUGGGGCUUGUUGUUUAUCUCUUGCUUCCGCGUCUGUAAGAAGAAGCGCUUCCACCAGUCAAUUCGGCGUCCAGCAGCUCUUCGACGACCAUGACGUUCUUGAUUUCUCUGUCUCAUCGCUAAUUACUGACAGUCGACCUUCAACUCCUACUAGUCUUCCACAGGACGAGAAGGCAAAGUAUCAAGAGGAGUUUGAGAAACAGAUGAAGGAAUUCGAAGCAGAACGAGCCAAGUUUAAAGAGCAACAUCCUGAUAAAGCUAAAGAUGACGAUGAUUACGACGAUUCGAAAUUUUAUGAGGAGGAUGCAACGGUUCUGCAAAGAGUUGAUGAGAGAGUACAACAGCUCCAGUCAGGCGGGGCUGUUCAGACGGUGCAACCCGGACAAACUGCUCCCCCUUCAGCAGGUGGUGGUUUGCUUCAGCACGAAAAGAACGAAAUGCUCCAGACACUUAGGGACCUUACACAGUCUUUGCGAGACCAAAAGCAGUACAUUAAUGAGAUUUUCACCAAAACGUACAACUUGGAACAGAAGUGGGGACAGGGGGCUCCACAAGGAGGAGGUGGGGGCGGAGGAGUAGACAAUAGUAUGCACCAGAAGGUGGACAGUCUGCUCAAUGAAGUGCGAGCUGUGCGAGCCAACCAACUGCAACAUAGUGGCGGCGGUGCAGUUUCUUGUCCAAACAUCACGUGUCUCUCAUCGAGCUUGUUCCUCGCCGUGAUACUAAUCCAAGGACUUGUCAUUGUGGUUAUGAUUUUCGUCAGAGACUCGACAAGGCGAGUCUUCACUAAAUUUUUAUUUCAGAAGCAAACCCGACAAGGCGAAGUUCUACUA